GGAUUGGGAACUCGGAGAAAGGGAACAAAAUCUUUUACAUCACCAGUUGAGAAAAUCACCUUUGAUCUACCUCCAAUCACUAACAAGAAAAAAUCUGCAGAUGCUGGAAAUGCAAGCAACACACACAAAAUGCCAGAAUUCAGCAUUAGUACACUUUUCCAUAGAUGCUGCCUGGCCUGCUGAGUUCCUCCAGCAUUUUGUGUGUGUUGCUUGUUUUACCUCCUCUUGUUCUGCACCUUUCUACCCGUGAGGACAUGUUUUGACCCAUUCUCUCUGGGUACAUAAUGAUAUCAAACACCUUUUCCCUGGGCAAGAAAUAGCUUUCACAUCACAAAUGUGCCAGACUCCAAUGAGACAGACGACUGCGCUUCUCUUUAUAUUCAUUGGCAUUACCAUCAAUGAGUUCUCCACCGUCAGUCGUUUGGCGGACGGUUCAGGGGAAAUAUUUAUGUACAAUACAGAAACUGCUGUUACCUGUGUGUAUUGCGGUGAUGCAAAAGUUGCUGGAGAAUUUGCAAGUGGGAAGAACUGGAGUGAUAUUUUGAAAUCUGACUUUUAAAGCAUAAUUUAAGCAAGCAAACCACAUAUGGACAAUGUGCAAAAGCUCUGGUUAAAAAUGACAAGGAAUUUGUCUGCGGGAAUCUCGAGAACAACACGCCAGUUUUGCAGUCCCUGUCCAGAUAUUUAAGAAUUGGAACAAGGGAUUCACUCGAUCAUCCUUCCUGCUCAGACUGUGGGAGGGAUUCACUUGAUCAUCUGACCGACUUGCAAGUCCGUCAUUUUACACAGAGGAGAGGCCAUUCUGCUGCUCAGACUGUAGGGGUGGAUUCACUCUGUCAUUUCAACUGAAGGUACAUCAGGUAGUUCACAUUGGACAAGGCCAUUCACCUGUUCUGUGUGUGAGAAGGGAUUCAGUCGAUUAUCCCAGCUGUGGUCACACCAGACAGUUCACACUGGGCAGAGGCUGGUCAUCUGCUGAAUUUGUGGGGAAGGAUUCACUCGGUCAUUUGACCUAAUGUCUCCCCAGCGAGUUCACACCAGGGAGCAGCAGUUCACGUGCUCGGACUGUGGGAAGGGAUUCAUUAAAUCAUAUCAACUGAAGGUACAUCAGCGAGUUCACACUGGAGAGAGGCCGUUCACCUGCUCAGACUGUGGGAAGGGAUUCACUCUAUCAUCCAGCCUACUAAUACACCAGCGAUUUCACACUGGGGACAGGGCGUUCACCUGCUCUGUCUGUGGGAAGGGAUUCCAUCGACCAGCUGACCUUCAUAGACACCACCAAUUUCACACAGGGGAGAAGCCGUUCACCUGCCCAGAUUGUGGGAAAGGAUUCACUUUACUAUCUCACCUGCAGAGACACCAGUCAGUUCACACCAGGGAGAGGCCGUUCACCUGCUCAGUCUGUGGAAAGACAUUCACCCAGUCAUUCCACCUACAGAGACACCGGUCAGUUCACACAGGGGAGAGGCCGUUCACCUGCUCUGACUGUGGGAAGGGAUUCACUCAGACAGCUAGCCUACUGAGACACCAGCGAGUUCACACAGGGGAGAAGCUGUUCACCCACUCAGAACGUGGGAAGGGAUUCACUCGGUCAUCUGAUCCGCUGGCACACCAGCGAGUUCACACUGGAGAGAGGCCAUUCACCUGCUCAGACUGUGGGAAGGGAUUCACUUGCUCAUCUCAACUGAAGGUACAUCAGCGAGUUCACACUGGAGAGAGGCCAUUCACUUGCUCAGACUGUGGGAAGACCUUCACUCAAUCAUCCAACCUACAGAUGCACCAGCGAAUUCACACAGGGGAGAGGCCGUUCACCUGCUCUGACUGUGGGAAGGGAUUCAUUCAGGCAGCUAGCCUACUGAAACACCAGCGAGUUCACACUGGGGAGAAGCCAUUCACCUGCUCAGAAUGUGGGAAAGGAUUCACUCGGUCAUCUGAUCUGCUGGCACACCAGCGAGUUCACACUGGGGAGAGGCUGUUCACCCGCUCAGAACGUGGGAAGGGAUUCUCUCAGUCAUCUGAUCCGCUGGCACACCAGCGGGUUCACACUGGAGAGAGGCCAUUCACCUGCUCAGACUGUGGGAAGGGAUUCACUUGCUCAUCUCAACUGAAGGUACAUCAGCGAGUUCACACUGGAGAGAGGCCAUUCACUUGCUCAGACUGUGGGAAGGGAUUCACUCAAUCAUCCAACCUUCAGAUGCACCAGCGAAUUCACACUGGGGAGAAGCCAUUCACCUGCCCAGACUGUGGGAAGGGAUUCACUCAGGCAGCUAGUCUACUAAAACACCAGCAAAUUCAUACUGGGUAGUGGUGGUUCACGUGCUCAGACAUUAGGAAGAGGUUCUCUCAGCCAAAUCAACCGAAUGUGCAUCAUUGAGUUCACACUGAGGAGAGGCCAUUCACCUGCUGUGAAUGUGGGAAGGGAUUCACUCAGUAAUCUAACCUUGUGACACACUACCGUGUUCACACUGGGCAGAAAGUUUCAAUAAGCUGCAUGUCGGAUAUUUGUCCAUUACCGUUGCUGAAUGCAAUUUUGAGAGUGUCUGUCGGUGCUGAACUCUGCAAUUAUUGCUGCUGCUCAUCACACCCAGUUCUGCACCCUGGUCACUGGGCAUGGGAGGAGUUUCUUCUGCUGCACAUUCACAUUUAAUGGGACUGGAGUUUAAUAUUCUGGA